AUGUUCGACAUCAGAGUAUUGUGGAAAGCCCCUGAGCUUAACCCAAUCAACAAGAAAGCAAAGAGCGUACCAGUACUCAAUCCGUUCAAUGUCUAUGGCCGAGUCUUUCUCUUCUCAUGGUUGGGUUUCAUGAUUGCCUUUUGGGCCUGGUACACUUUCCCUCCGCUUCUCACAGAGACGAUCGCGAAAGACCUGGACCUCACGCCCGUGCAGGUGGCCAACUCAAACAUUGUGUCACUUGUAUCAACCUUCUUCCUCCGGUUCGUGGCCGGGCCGCUGUGCGAUCAGUUCGGGUCGAGGAACGUGUACGCCUCACUGCUCCUCUUGGGCUGCCUGCCGAUCGGACUCGCACCCCUCGUCAAGGACGCGACUGGUCUCUACGUGUCCCGCUUCUUCAUCGGCGUACUUGGAGCGACAUUUGUCCCCUGUCAAGUCUGGUGCACGGGAUUCUUUGACAAGAACGUGGUCGGCACAGCCAAUGCAUUCGCUGGAGGCUUUGGCAAUGCCGGAGGUGGCUUGACCUAUGUCAUUAUGCCCGCCGUCUUUGACGCCUUGGUCCAUACUCACGGGAUGAGCGAGCACAAGGCAUGGCGCGUCACCUUUGUGGUGCCUCUCAUCUGCCUCAUCGCCUGUGGUGUUUCCAUGUUCCUACUCUGUCCGGAGACGCCCCUUGGCAGGUGGAACGAGCGUGCACAGAGAGUGCAGGAAAAUCUCGCAGCCUUUGACCUAUCCGACGCCUCGGUGGUUGAUGUCCCCGGCCACAUUACCGACCGCCCAUCUCCGUCUUUGGUAUCGUCAUCAUCGCCCAAAGACGAAGAAAAGGGCGACAUGUCGAGCCGCGAUAUCCAGACUCUGACAAGGAAUGGCAGCUUUUCAAAGGAGGAGGCACAGGCGACGGCCCAGGCUGAGGUUGUUGUGAAGCCAUCUUUCAAGGAGAUGAUGGCCGUCCUCUGCUCCCUGCAAACGCUCUUCCAUCUAACUACCUAUGCCUGUUCUUUCGGUGGUGAGCUUGCCAUCAACUCCAUCCUCAGCUCCUAUUACAAGAAGAACUUUCCCCACUUCGACCAAACCCUCGCUGGCAACUACGCCUCCAUCUUUGGGUUCCUCAACUUUGUCACCCGCCCGCUGGGCGGCAUCAUCGCCGACGUUCUCUACACCCGUUUCGGUCGCAAUCUGUGGCUCAAGAAGGGCUGGAUCACGAUGUGCGGUCUCCUGACCGGCGGGCUUCUCAUCUUGAUUGGACAGGUCGAUCCCUCUGAGGCCAACGGAAGCAGCAUCGGCCUCAUGGUCGGGCUCAUCUCCCUCAUGGCCAUCUUUCUGGAGGCAGGCAACGGCGCCAACUUUGCGCUCGUGCCGCACGUCCACCCUCACGCCAACGGGAUCCUGUCUGGCGCGACCGGUGGAGGAGGCAACCUCGGUGGUGUCGUCUUUGCCAUCAUCUUCCGCUUCAUGCACAAGGGCUCGGAUUACGCCAUGGGGCUCUGGGUAAUUGGCAUCAUCCAGGUCGCGCUCAACCUGGCGGUCUGCUGGAUCCCGCCUAUUCCCAGUGGGCAAGUGGGUGGACGGUGA